AUGCCAUCGGUUCGAAGGAUGAUCCUGGGUCACGUUAUGUCCGGCUUGUACAACAAGAUGAAUCGCCGGAAGAAGUUGGAGGGUGACAUGCUUGAAACUCCAAUGAAAAGAUGUCUUUCUACCUUCGAUAUCACAUUGCUUGGUGUGGGUCACAUGGUCGGUGCCGGAAUUUACGUGCUGACGGGAACGGUUGCGCGUGACACGGCUGGACCUGGUGUGAUCUUCAGCUUCCUUGUGGCUGGUCUGGCUUCCGUUUUAGCAGCACUCUGUUACGCCGAGCUCGCCGCUCGUGUGCCAAAGGCAGGUAGCGCAUACGUUUACACGUACAUCUCUGUCGGCGAAUUUUGGGCUUUCAUCGUGGGAUGGAAUCUCAUCUUAGAGCAUAUGAUUGGCGCAGCAUCUGUAGCGAGGGCUUGGAGCGGAUAUGUGGAUUCGUUGAUCGGCGGUGUGAUUGGCAAUUACACCCGCGACGUGGUGAUGGGUGGAUACAGCAUGGGAGAGCCGCUAGGUACCGUCCCGGACUUUCUAGCCAGCGGAUUAUGUCUGGUUUACGCUAUGCUCUUGGGAUUAGGGGUGAAAUUCUCAACGACGGUAAAUUCGUUCUUGACCAUCAUCAAUCUCAUGGUGAUGGGACUGGUCGUCGUUCUGGGGAUUUAUUACGCAGAUAUCACGAACUGGAGCAGUCAGAACGGGGGUCUUUUGCCAUAUGGUUUCGGCGGCGUCAUCACAGGCGCAGCAACGUGCUUCUACGCUUACGUCGGCUUCGAUUCGAUCGCGACUUCCGGAGAGGAAGCUCGCGAUCCCGGGCGAAGCAUUCCGCUGGCGACGUUACUCUCUAUGGUGAUAGUCACCAUUGGAUACAUGAUGGUUAGCGGCGCCCUGACGCUGGUCGUACCGUAUUGGGCGAUCAAUCCUAUCGCGGCUCUUCCGGAAGCCUUUUCGUCCCGAGGUAUCCCGUGGGCUAAAUAUGUGAUAAGCAUGGGUGCUCUUUGCGGAAUGACAACGACCCUUUUCGGAUCCCUUUUCUCUCUUCCGAGGACAAUGUACUCCAUGGCAAACGACGGUCUGUUAUUCGGUUUUCUGGGCCGCAUCAGCGAGCGAACGCAAGUGCCGAUAUGGAAUCUCGUCAUAAGUGGACUACUCAGUGCCUUAAUCGCUCUACUGUUUGAUCUCCAACAUCUGGUGGAGUUUAUGUCGAUCGGAACUCUGCUCGCAUAUACCAUCGUUGCAGUUAGCGUCAUCCUGCUGAGAUAUCUGCCUGAGCAACAGGUGUCUGAUCAAUGCAGCGUCGGCACGCCGAGCAGUCUAUCCUCGCCACCCACAGAAGAAGCGGAUUCCAGUAAUUAUAGCAGCAUGGCAUCCGUCAAAUCCGAAUUACUAUGCGAAGGAGCUGGCAGAUUCAAACCACGAUACGCCUGGAUGGAAGAAUGGUUAGAGGAUUAUGAUACUAGACACAUCAUGACCGCCUGUCUACUUAUUUACACAAUAACCUGUGCUUUCCUCGGUACUUUCCUAGUAAUAGCAUUUGAAACGACAGUUCCGUUCACAAAGAGCGAUUACCUUUCCGCGGGGAUCUAUCUCCCGCUACCCAUCGCGAAUUUAUUCUUAGGUCUUUUCGUGAUUAAUGCUCAUAGACAAAAUCCGCCCAGUGGAAAGUUUCGGGUACCGCUGGUACCUUUCAUACCAGCGCUAAGCAUCCUCUUCAAUAUGGGUCUGAUAAUGCACUUGUCUUCAAUGACAUGGCUACGGUUUUUUGUAUGGAUGACGGUCGGAAUGAUGAUUUACUUCCUGUACGGCAUCCAUUACAGUAAAGAAGCAACCACUAUCCCGAACUCAUAUUCCAUCUUGAUGGCUACCUCAGAAGCCGAAAAAGGUACAAAGUGGGGAUCGACGUUGCGAGUUAGCCCGAAAAGCGACAAAGCCCCUAUUUUGGACGACAAGGAACUUGUUCACUAAAGAUAAGUUAUAUAUUUUAAUCAACACUAUGUUUUCCUUAUGCAAUUCUUUCGCCAUUUCGCCAUUGAAAUCGCGAAAAUCGUACAAAUUUUAAUACCGGAGCAAAGUUUCAGCUGCCGACAACGAAGCACAAUGCAGAUUAAUGCAACGAAAUACAAAAAAAGAUAUUGUUCAAUCUUCAACAGUUUAUAAUUAACUUUAAUAUAAUUAGCGCACAAUUAAUACUCUGCUAUUUAAAUGUCACAAUUUAUUUUGUCUUAUAUAUAGAAUCUAUUUUCUAUUAUUCCGUUUAUUUGGCACCUUUCUUUGUAUUUCGGCGGCUCCACUUUGCACACAAAAAUUUGUUUGAAAUUGAAAGUUUAAAUGUUAAAUAUAUAUUUUGUAAAUAUCAAUCUUGCAAAAGGCAUACGGACUCGUACAACUCUUCUCGAAAGUUUUGUCAAGUACAAAUAACUAUAUUUUUCGUAUACUUAGCCUCAUCUAGUCCGAUUAAUUACGAGAGUGAUUUGUAUAAUUUUGAGAAUUGUUGAUGAUAGUGUUUUUUAACAGGCUCAAGAAAUAUUGUUGUCACACGCACGUUCUCUUUUUCUAGAUAUGUUCGUUGUCAUAUACAUACGAUUAAUCGAUUUUAUUUUUUGUAUUUUGUUUUUUUAACAUUAACCAUAUUUUACAAACACACUGCGUGGUGUAUAAUACUUGACAAAGAAAAACUUAAUUUAUUAUUAGACAAAAACUCAUAUAUAUUUUAUAUUACAAACAUGUUUUUAGUUCUCAUCGAUGAGAAAUCGUCGUUUUUUUUAUUCCGCGCAAUUCUAUUAGUGUAAGUAUUGAUAAGUAUGAUGAUAGUAUGAUUGAUUAUAUAGAAUGAAAUAUUCUCUUUCCUUGUCUUCCUUUCCUUCUCUUUCGUUGUCAUGAGAAUGAUCACACUAUUCUGUCAUUAUAAUUAUAUUAAGACUCAAUAAACAAUAUAUAUCUCCUUCUAAUGUAAUAGUAAAUGAUAAAUAUAGUUUAGAACAAU